GUUUCUUAUCGUGUGCUAUGUCAUGUGUGAAGAACGUUCCUUAGUGUUUAUUAUUAUUAUUGUUGUUUUGUAGGUAAAGUUAUUUCCACCAUGACAGAGACGAAACAGUGCGAGAAGCUGCUCGCUCUUAACCCCAGUGAAGACGCUGAGUUUCUAAAGAAAGUGCAGCAAGUGAAAAAGCGACAGAAAACGGUUUUGACUCCCGGUGUUAUUUACGUAGGACUUCCCCAGUCGCUCGACCAGCCACAGCUCAGGUCUUACUUCUCCCAAUUUGGUGAUGUCCUGCGCUUGAGGCUUUCCAGAAGUAAAAAGACAGGCCGGAGUAAAGGCUAUAUGUUUGUGGAAUUUGAGUGUGACGAAGUGGCCAAGAUUGUCGCAGAGACCAUGAACAAUUACCUCAUGGGAGAAAGACUGAUCAAAUCUAAUGUGGUGCCACCUGAGAAAGUCCAUGAAAAGCUGUUUGUUGGUUCUCAGAAAAUAUUUAGGAAUCCUAAGCACCCUGCAGUGGCACAUUACAAUCGAAACCAUGGCCCUGAAGAGAUGAAUAAACUUUCUGGAAAACUUCUAAGCAAUGAAUCAAAGCUUUGCAAGAGACUGGCAGAAAAGGGCAUCGACUAUGAUUUUCCAGGAUUUGCAGCACAAGCAAAGAAAGCUCUGUCAGAUACAUCGACCUGCAGUGAGGACACCACACCGGUUUGUACACCUUCAGUCCUGGAGAGGAGGAGGUCCAUGAAAGUCAAGGAUGAUGUAGACAAUGAAAUUGUACUCAAAAUGCCACCAAAGAACAGUGAAAAUUGUGAAGACUCUGAGGAUACGGAGGAGGAUGAGGAGGACGAAGUGUCAGAAGAUGAAGAGGAACCGUCACAUGCUGAUGAGGGUUGAGCCUCUGUUUUGAAGAGGGACUAAAGAGCUAAAUUGGUUUAAUUAAAAUGUCUAGAUUUGUAUUCA